AUGUCGAAGAGAUCUCGAUCAGCCAUGUCUUCGGCCGGAGAGGAGGUCGAGGCAAGCACGCUCAUCACCCUAAGGGUCAAGGACAACGAAGGUGUCAGGAUCACCUGCACGAUGCGCAGGACGGACAAGCUGCGCGUCCUCAUCGGUUUCUACCUCGACAUGGUGACGCCGACCGACAAGGGCAAGGGCGCCGCCGUCGCCGCCGCCGCCGGUGGUGGCGUCUUCAUGCACUACGGCCGUUGUGUGACCGGCAACCGGACGCCGGCGGACUACGACAUGGAGGACGGCGACGAGGUUAGCUUCUUCCCCGACGGAACUAGGACCAUGCCCGUCACCCUCACCGUGAAGGACAACAAAGGCCGCCGGGUCACACACACCAUGCGUAGGUUGGACGUCAUCUGCACCCUGUUCCGUCUCUACUUUGACAUGUUGCCCUCGACAGCGCCCAGGGAAGGUGUUUUCAUGUACAACGGCAGGGAGAUCAGUUUCUAUCAGACGCCGGAGAAAUGUGACAUGAACGACGGCGAUGAGAUCACCUUCCAUCUGUUCAGCAAGCCGAGCACCUUCGUCACCCUCACGAUCAAGGGCAGCACCGACGAUGGCGGCCGCAGCGGCGUCGUCGUCACCCGCCCCAUGCGCAGGACCGACGAGUUGCAGCGCCUGAUCGAUUACUACUUCGCCAUGGUGCCAACUGAUGAUCAGAACGGCGAGUGGGCGGUCACGUACGGUGGCAGGCAGGUCGGCGGCGAGGAGACGCCCGCGGAUUACGAGAUGGAGGACGGCGAUCAGCUCCGCCUCGUUCCGGCGAGCAAACCGAGCAGGUUCGUGACCAUCGAUUUGUUAACCAUGGUGAAGGCCAAGCGCACAUACACCCUGCGAAGGACUGACAAGCUGCAGGGUUUGAUGGACCUGUGCUUAAGCAGGGAGCCUGCAAGUAUGUACAGGCAUGGGUGUGUUUUAAUUUACGAGGGCCGUCGUGUUCAGGACUCGCAAACUCCGGAUGAUCUCAAACUGGAGGAUGGUGAUACAAUCCACGCUAUAGCCCGUCAGGUCGGAUAA